UUUUGCUGUGACAUUUGGUACAACAGAUGUUUUUUAACAACACAAAACACAAAUAUUUUGAUAAAUAACCACAAUUUAGGCAAAAGUUGGUAAAGGUCUCGAAAUAUUGCGUAUUCCAAGUAUUAAAAUUACAUAAGGCGCUGGGGACGUAACACUUUUAAAACAAAACUGAAAGAAGUAACAACAGCCGAGUGGCACUUUUGCCAUUAGCUUAAGUGGUAUUAGUUCAUUCACUCGCAUUGAUUAUGUUAUCAUUCAUCAGAAGGAAACUGUCAGAGUCGGAUUCAGUAAGCGGUAGUAACACAACGCUUGCGAACGGCCAGGCAGUCGGUACUAUAGAUAAUAUUCUUGCACAGAAAACUAGCCAAAUGUCCUUGAAUAACGAAGCCAUUCCCAUUGGGGAGGAUGCGUUGCUGCAGGAGUUGGGCUACAAAAAUGCAACCGAUCUCCAAGAAACCGUCUACGAUGCGCUUAGGACUAUACGCGAUCCUGAGAAACCUUGUACGCUAGAAGAUUUGAAUGUCGUCUAUGAAGAUGGAAUAGUUGUGCAACCGUCAACGAAAUCAAAUGUUUCUGUGGUACGCAUCGAGUUCAAUCCCACUGUUCCACACUGCUCUUUGGCCACGCUUAUCGGUUUAUGUAUUCGCGUUAAAGUAGAGCGCAGCUUACCGCAUAAUAUUAAAUUGGACAUUUACAUUAAGAAAGGCGCACACACAACGGAGGACGAAAUAAAUAAGCAAAUAAACGACAAGGAACGCAUUGCCGCCGCUAUGGAGAAUCCAAAUUUGCGCGAAUUGGUUGAGAAUUGUAUUAAGGAAGAAGAAUGAACUUUACCAGACUCAAUAUAUUCAUAAAUUUAACAAAUUAAUGGUACUAUCUUAGGGUUCCUCGUAUUAAGCUAAUCAAAACCAAUUAAUUGGGUCUUACACAAAUGUAUAUAUUUUAUUUUAUAUUAAAAAAAUAUG